AUAGGCUACGUCACUUGCACUUUACGCGUCCAAACGCGUCUGUCUAUUCUUUUCGCUCCAACGGUCCAUUUCCAUAUUGUCAUUGUAGCACGAGUUCAUCACAAUAUCAACGACCUCAAUAAUGGCGCUGUUGGUUGACAAGCUUAGGCCGCGCUCCCUCGAUGCCCUCACAUACCAUGAAGACCUCUCUGACCGUCUCGCGUCGUUGGCAUCCUCCGCAGACUUCCCACAUCUGCUCGUCUACGGCCCGUCUGGCGCUGGAAAAAAGACUCGCAUCCUAGCAACACUCCGUGCUAUCUAUGGCAGCGGGGUGGAGAAGAUCAAAAUCGAUGCACGUAUGUUUACAACCUCAUCGAAUCGCAAACUCGAAUUCAACGUCGUCUCCUCUGUCUACCAUCUCGAAAUCACACCCAGCGAUGUCGGCAACUACGACCGAGUGGUCAUCCAAGAGUUGUUGAAAGAAGUGGCACAGACGCAACAGGUCGACCUCUCGGCGAAACAGCGUUUCAAAGUGGUCGUGAUCAAUGAAGCCGAUGGCCUGAGUCGCGACGCUCAAGCAGCAUUGAGACGGACUAUGGAAAAGUACAGUGCCAACGUGCGGCUGAUACUUGUGGCGAACAGCACGGCAGGCAUCAUCGCCCCGAUCCGUAGUCGUACGCUGCUUGUGCGUGUCGCUGCACCCACUGAAGCCGAUAUCUGUGACGCCCUCGCAAAAGCCGGCAAGAAGGAGAAUUGGAAGGUCAUCCCGGCGCUGAACGAGCGAAUUGCAAAAGACUCUGGCCGCAAUCUGCGCAAGGCACUUCUGAUGUUCGAAGCCGUAUACGCGCAACACCCGGAACCAAGCGAGAAGACACCCAUCCCUCCGCCAGACUGGGAGAUCUUGAUCGAGCAGAUUGCCAAAGAUAUUGUGAGGGAGCGUUCGCCGGCCAUGAUCUUACAGACUCGAGCGAAGCUUUACGACCUGCUCUCCCAUUGUAUUCCGGCGACGAUGGUGCUAAAGCUGUUGUGCUGGAAACUUGUGGCGUUGCCGGAAGUGGACGACACUCUCAAGCCGGAGGUGGUGAGGUGGGCCGGGUUCUACGAGCAUCGCAUACAUCUGGGCAGCAAAGUCAUUUUCCACCUCGAGGCCUUUGUGGCCAAGUUCAUGCGCAUCUUCGAGGGGUAUCUUGUUGGUAUGGAUUUCUAAAUCAACAGAACGGGCGUCGCGGUUACCGAAAAGGAGGGUUGAAGUGCUUACAACACUCCACAGCUACAUCCUUUGAACUUAUGGUCAUGAGCGUGGCGUUUAGGGAAUAGGCAGAACUUCAUUCAAGCACGAUUACAUGGACUGCGGGUUUAUUUGUACUCAAUGAGUAUUGUUCUUCGACAUCUGGAAGGGGCUUGAAAAGCUGCUGUACAAGUUGCUAGAGCCA